GUGCUGCUAUCAUGGCGGAGAGUGCACCUGUUGCCGUGCCCGCGGCCACACCCGCUAGCAACGGCAGUCGCGAUGGAGCCAACUCUAACGGCGGCUUUCGCAGCGGCUUUGGGGGUGGGAGUGUUGCCUCCUACGACGAGCGCAUCGGGGUUGCACUCAUCGUGUGCUUCAUUGCUUCUGUCAUCGAGUUCUCCGCUGCACUGGAUGCGUGUGACCAUCGCAAGACUUGCGGGCACGCUCGCUACGAAUGGGCCGUCGGCUGCGGAAUUUUGAGCGCCACCAUCUGCCUACUGCGCUUGGCUCUGAUCAAGUUUCUGCCGACGGGUCUUGAUCAGCGUGCCGAUGCUGCCUUUGCCACGUGUCUCAUCCUCCUCUGGGUCGGCGGUGCUGCUUUCAAUACGAGCCAAAAAGGUCCCUUUGGAGAUACAGAAAACGGCUACUUUGCAACAUGGUUGGCUUUUGGUGCAGCUGCCCAUUACGCCAUUCUAGCUUGGGCAAACGUCUCGGACAAGAUCAAGCAAUUGCAACUCGCUGACGGCCUUUCGCUCCUGCUCAUUGCUUCCUUGAUUGAGUUGUCCGUGGCUGCUGAUCGCUGCAGCCAGAAGCAUGUGACCUGCGACCAUUCGGACGGCGCUGCCGUGGCCGUGGGUGCCGUUUCUGUUGUGAUUGCUGGCCUGCAGACGCUUCUCGACCGUUUCGCUCCCGACAUUGGCCAGUUAACGUCGCGCAUCCUCUCCCCCGUGCUAGUGGCGCUGUGGGCUGUGGGUGCCGCCCUUAACACCUCCAGCAAGGGGCCCUUUAGCAGCUCCUGCAGCAGCGCCAAUGGCUACUUUGCCACAUGGGCCUCCUUCUUCUUCAGCCUCAUGUACCUCUAUGGCGUGUUUGUACACCCCCCAGCUGCCAAGCAAGACUAUGAGCAGCUGCCUGAGUAGUUGCACCCUAGUUUUGGCCUUGGUGCCCCAAGCGCCCCCCCUCCCUCACCCCCGAUUGAAUCGAGCCACAUGCUUC